CUCGGCCGCGUCGCGUUUUAGUCGCUGUAGCUACGCGCUAGGCAAGACAAGCAGUAUGGCGGAAGAAGAGAGUGAAUUUGAGUUAGAAGGUUUUAAAAAAGAAUUGAAGAGUUUAUUUGUCAGUAGUUCAAGUGAAGAAUACGGACUUCAAAGCAAGUUAUAUUGUGUACGGUUCUGUAAGUUGGUGGAGGUGUAUUCAGGACGAUGGCAGGUACCCUUGCCACAGCUGCGGGUGCUCCAGACUGCUCUAUGUUCCUUUGUCCAAGCCUCGGCCUGCUUCCCGUCUGACUGUGAACAUGUAUGCUACACACUGAGUAGCCUUGCCCUGAGUGCUUUUGAGCUCUUGCUGUUUUUGAACAGAAAUAAGAUCCUGCAGGAUCCCUUGAAAACAAUCCUUGAUUCGUUCCAGGAAUGUUUUUCCCAGCUGGAGAGACACCAGAACAUCCACCUGCUGCAGGUGGGACAGAUCAUCAGAGAGAAGGGACCGUGGACCAACCCCAUACUGCAGGCCAUCCUGAAGGACUCACAACUGCCCCGGGAUGAAGUGGACCGGUACCUAGGCUCAGAGGUGCCAGUGUUCUUUGAACUGCGUGUUCGUUACCUGCUGUCCAGUGAGAUGUUCACCGAGGCGGUGGUCUUGGCUAAGACCUGCUCUCAGCACCCCGUUGCCGGGCGACACCUGUUCUUCCGACAGGCCUACCUCACCUGCCUGUUGAAGGCAUCGCUCCCUCGCCAUAUGCACGAAGAGAUGUCUGACAUCGACGGUAAGGACGCUGUGGAUAUCGUGUGUAACACAGAGAGUGAGGAGAGCGACGAGACGCUCCUGGCCCUCUGCACAGCCUUCCUCUCUCAGCAGCUACACCGGGGAGACCUGUACUGCAUGUGGGAUUUGGUGUUCAUAUGGAGUCGACUCCGCCUGCGGGUCAACCCUUCCAAACAGGCCUUCCUGGAAGAGAGUCAUCGGUUGCUGCUGUCUGCCACCAACAUCAGAUCCAUAUUCUCUUUCAUUAGAGUGAUCCUUGCAGAGCUGGGAAAGGAUGGUCUCCAGUUCUGUGUGGAGCUCUGCACCCACGCCCUCCAGACGAACCCCUGCGACGCCGCCACCAUGUCCCUCAUCUACAAGACGGUAGCCUACCUCCUCCCCAACGACCUGGAGGUCUGCCGGGCCUGCGCCCUCCUCGUCUUCUUCCUGGAACGCACCGUGGAGGCCUACAAAACGGUGUUCCUCCUCUACACGCACCCCGACCAGGAGUACCACGUCGAAGCCGGUCCCAUCGGGAACCACAUCCGCUUUGAGAUCCUCCAGACCUUGAAGAGAGGUCUCUACUUCGAUCCAGAGUUCUGGAACCUUUUGAAUCUCCGGACCAACUGCCUGAAGCUGAUGAGCGAGAAGAAGGCGGCGUUGGCACGGAUGAUGAUGGAGGAUGAUGGGUGGGUGUCCAACUACUGCAGCACCGCCACCAAAGAGCCCUGUUGCAGCUGGAGCGCUGACCUGUCGGAGCGUGUGCAGCCUAAACAUGUAGAGACUAAACCAGCACAGAAACACGUUCAGAUUAAACCCUUUCACCAGGUAACAGCGCCCAAAAGGCGGUUCCAAAAAGAAGAGAAGAAUCACGUCUCGACGGCGCCGGUGGCAGCCAAACGUGUCAAAGCUCAAAGGUUGGAAAGAACCUCUGUUGUCGAGUCGCAGCAGCUGCCUGUUAAUCAUGUGACGCCGGCGAUGGCGAAAGCUAAGACUGAGAAGCUGGCUGAACCCCCUGUUGUCGAGGAACAACCUGUAAUAAAAAGAAGAGGGAGGAAGCCUGGGCCGAAGCCGGGACCGCGGUCAUCUGUCAAAACAACAGAGCCCUCAGCCGAGACCACCUCUGUCAGACGGUCCUUCAGACAACUGGACAUGGCGCAGGAGAACCUGGCCAGGCAAGUCGGUCACAGACCACAUAGGCACAUGACCAGACUCUCUGAGAAGAAACCUCCCAAACGGAGGGGUAGGAAACCCCGGUGGCUCCUGGAGGGUACGUUCCAGGCUGAGAACAGUGCUCCCCGGAAGGGUCGCCGCCCGGGGAGGAAACCUCCACAGCAGAAGACCCAGCAGACACCAGUGGACAAGACCAAUAAGACCUCUCGGUCUGGUGCCGCUGUCAAGGAAAGCACAACCAAACAAAAGAAUGCCGUGACCUCACAAAAUAAAAUGGCGGCCGCUCGUCUAACAGCUCCGAGGGAACAGGAAGUUAAUCGUCAGAAGGAGUUUCCUGCUACUAACCACCUACCAGCAGUAUCUCCUGCUCAUGACUCCAAGCUGGAGGUCUCCCUACCUGACAACGAAGUAUUUGGGUUCUUCCAUGAGGAUUAUCUCAGUAGGCAAGGACUGGUGACUCUAAACUGUGAUAAAUCUAAGGCACCAAUCCAGGCACAGUAUCGGGUGAAGGAUCGACUCGGAGAGGUGUUUCUCCUUUCCGCUCAGGACGCCAGUCUCUUCAUACAGCAGUUGCACAACUACGCCCAGACGCCUAAGGCGGAAGGUGUCACGUUGAAUGCUGAAACCUGUUUGUUGAAAGCGACAGAUGUCCGUCCCUCCCUAAACCAAAGUUGUCUGCCGGUGCCAUGUGACGCUUCGAGGGUAUUUUACCAGACGUCUGCAGUGGAAAUGGAAGUUGAGGUCACCUCACAAACUGUGACUGCGACUGACAUGACUUUCACACCACAAGGUGGCGCUAUCGAACACAUCGAAAGUCCCAAGAAUGAGGACGGAUUCUCUACCGAUGCUCAGCAAACAUGUAUUCCAUCUGUUCUCUCAGUGAAUGUAAUUGUUCCUAAUAACACAAGAAGAAGAACAAAUACAUAUGUAACUAAUGUUCCAAGAGAACCAACGGAAGUUACGAAUGUUCCAAAAAAGCGAACUGCUUCUGAAGUCGGGGAGAUUCUAGAAUCGUCCAGGAAGUCCGAAGUUACCGACAUUCUGAAAGAGGCUAUGGAUAUAGCAAACAUUGGUGUGGAUGAAGCAAUGGUGGGGGACGGUGACACUGGCAGCGUCCCUGGAAAGGAAACUCGGGAGCUUGUUGUUCUUACUCCUUUCUGCUGGCUGGCAAAUACCUCAAUGGAUGCGUUUGCUAGAGAGUUUGAAAAGUUUGCCAAGGGUCCGGAUUCCGAUGUUGUCGCAAAGCAGCAGUCGGUGACACCACAGACCACAGAUGGUGUCUCGCGCAAAACGUUGGAGACGACAUCGUCAACGGUGACACCACAGAUGGUGGACACAGAUGGUGUCCUCUCCAAGGUUUUGUGCGAGACACUGUCAACGUCUCCAAAAGUCAUCCCUACGGCCGUCACAGACCCAGUGGUCCUUGAGGACACUUCUAAAAUAACCAAAGUCACCCCACAGAACACUACAGACAUCCAGGAAAACAUGGACACUCGACACACCCAACAGGACAUUAAAGGUACCUCACAAAACACGGAGCCGGAGGAUAUCCCAACGGCCGCUGAGAGCUUCCCACGGCUCACUGAUGAGACCCGGCAGCUUGAGCACCCUCUGAAAGGCACUGUGGGUACUCCAGAGUUCCCUGUGGACUCGACACAGGACAAUGACACCCCUCAGUUCACUGAAGACCCCCCACAGAAUACACAGGACAUAAGACAACUCACAGAGGACACCCUGAAAGUCACUUUCACUGAGGUCACCCCACAGGCUACUGAGGACCGCACAAAAGCCACUGUGGAUACUCCAGAGGCUGUGGACACACUACCACAGAACAUAGAGGAGGACAGCCGGAAAGUUACUGUCGACAGCCAGGAAGUUACUGUCGACAGCCAGGAAGUUACUGUCGACAGCCAGGAAGUUACUGUCGACAGCCGGAAAGUUACUGUCGACAGCCGGAAAGUUACUGUCGACAGCCGGAAAGUUACUGUCGACAGCCGGAAAGUUACUGUCGACAGCCGGAAAGUUACUGUCGACAGCCGGAAAGUUACUGUCGACAGCCGGAAAGUUACUGUCGACAGCCGGGAAGUUACUGUCGACAGCCAGGAAGUUACUGUCGACACUGUAGACAGCCAGGAAGUCACUGUAGAUACCUCUGAGCACAUUGAGGACGCCCUACAAAUACUAAACACUGCAGACACCCUACAGCUCACAGUGGAUGCCCCAAUGGUCUCUGAAGAGCUUACCAAGGACACAUGUGGUGCCACACAGAACAAUGGGGACACGCCACAGCUCCAUGAGGACACACCGGUCACUGAGGACACCCUAAGAGUCCCUGAAGAGACGUCACAGGAACCCAAAGACACCUCAAAAGUCAGCAGAGAUACCCCGAUGGUCUCUGAGGACACCCUUAAAGUACAUGUGGAUACUCAAAAGGUCCCAGAGGACACCCCACAGAACAUACAAGUCAAUGAAGACACCUCAAUGGUUACUGAAGACACCCCACAGAACAUACAAGUCAAUGAAGACACCUCAAUGGUUACUGAAGACACCCCACAGGACACACAGUACAAUUCACUGGUCAACCCGAAAGUCACUGAAAGUGCUCACACUCCAAAGGUCACCCCAAGAGUCCGUGAAGACACGUCACAGGACUCCGAAGACCCCUCAAAAGUCACUGAAAACUCUCCACAGAAAACACAGGACACCCCAACUGUCUCUGGGGAUAUCAGACAAACUCCUGGAGAUGGCACCCUACAGGAAAAUGAGAACAGCCCACUGGCAUAUCGCUGUAGUCUCUGCAACAAAGUUUUCAAAGGCAAACGUGUUAUAGCCCACGCCAUGUACCACUUCCGCAGGGACCAAUGUAUGUUCUGCAGGAUGCUGUUCAAAAACGACCUGCUCGCUAUGAUGCAUCUGUCCCAGCACAUCGACAAGUUGAAAAAAGGAAACCUACCGCCUGAUAUUGAGGAGGUCCGUGAGAACUGUAAAGCUGGGAUGUCAGACACGCCUGGACGCUCAACGCAGAGGGGGAGACGGGGACGCAAGAGGAUCCCUGUGAACUCCACAGAGUCAACACCUCCGGAUUACAGGAAGCUACGGUCCACCAAUAGGAUCUCCUCUGUAAACUCCUCGGAGUCAACUCCACCGGAUCGCAGGAAGCUACGGUCUAACCCUAAUCUACUGUCGACCAAUAGGCUCUCAACUGACUCUCAACCUUCACCAGAUACUAAACUCGCAACAGAAGAGUCUGAAGGCAAGCAGUCGACACAGAGGGUCAAUGGGCAGAGGGGCAGAAGACGAGUUAAGGUUGAAGGAACUGAGGGUGAUGGUGAUACUCAGGCAGAGGAACAAGAAAAGAUCAGUAGGAGGCAAGAGGAGGAGCACUCGGCUCUGGAACAGAGGGAAGAACCCGUGGAGAUCUCGACUUCUCUGGCGAAGACAUCGACAGGUGAAAAAGGGGGAACCUGCUCCUCUCCUCUGACAAAGUUUUUGGAAGAAGAGGAGAAUCCCUGUUCCUCGGCAAAGACCAUGGAGGACAACACAGAAUCUCAGGCUGUAUCGGUAACACAGGACAGGCUUUCAGUUUCACCUCUAGAGACUUCAGUUCAGGGUAAGGAGACUCCCGGCAUCUGCCCUGUGGAGGGAUGCACAGAGAUAUUCACUGGAAAACGGCGUUCUCUCCUCGGACAUAUUCUGGACGAUCACCGCGGCGACGCCAAACCCUUAGAAACGACGUUCCUUCACGGGAAUGGCAAAUGCAAUAUUUGCAAGAAACCCGUUUUGACUUUGCAGCAUUACCAGCACCACAUUUUAUGGCACAAAGGAAUUCCCAGGCAUCCCUGUCUACAUGAUGGAUGUAAAGCCCGGUUCAGUGCAGCGACAGAAAUGAGGAACCACGCGAAGACCCAUCAGCCUCUCCUGGCAGUGUGCUGCUUCCCAGGUUGUCGGGAGCGCUUGGCUUGUCUUCCGGAGCUGAACCGCCACGAACAAGAACACUAUCGUCUUCCAAAGGAAGGGAAGGAUGAAUCGGUUUCCUCUACCCGUGUCACCAAUACCACCUCUGUUAACGUGAUUAAACCGUGUAAGACGAGGAGGAAUAAGCUUCAGAAGAUGCAGGGUGUUAAGAGACGAUGGCCUCUUAGAGAAAAGGAGGGAUCGGCAACUGACCUCACUACUACUGUAAAGGUAACCAGGAAGUAUGACUUGACCAAGACGUUAAAGAAAACACAGGUGGCAAAGCAACGGCAUGUUCAUAGAGACAAGGAUCCUCGUACUACUGACCCCUCUCCCGUCUCUCUAAAGGUAACAAAUACGUUGAGGAAAUUGCAGGUUAAGAGGAAACCGUGUGUCGGUAAGAAAAUGGACGCUCCAAACACUCCCGUCACCACGUCCAAUGAAAAAGCUGAGCGAGCGAGCAAGAAGUUAAAGAUGAUUCAUAAGGUAAAGAAAGCGUGGUCUCUAAAGAGACAGAACGUUAGCGAAGACAAUUAUACCCCAACUGGUCCAACCACCUCCACCACGAUUACCGCCACUGAAAAAGCUACCAAAAAGCUAAAAAUCAUAAACAAGUUGAAGAAAAUGCGAGUUAUUAAGAAACCGAACGUUAGCGAAGAAAAAGAUACCCAACUGGAUCCAGCCACUGACACAAACGUGACAGAAAAGUUACAGAAAACGCAACUUGUAAAGAAACAAAGAGUUAUCAAGGAGCCUGUUGGCAAAGAACCCAGGAAGACCUCCAAAAAACCUGUGACGUCAAAGACCUCUGGUCCAGAGAAACAUGUUAAUGAAGUCACAGAAGUGGUAGGAAGUAAAUCAAAGGAAGAAGGUGAUAAACCAUUGGUGGAACCAUCAGACUCAACAGCUAGCAGUGUCUGUGACCAGAAGAUGUUUAACGGACACUUAAAGGACCUCACUAAAGAAUCGCCAAAAUACCAGAGAAGUCUUAAAACAAGUACAGUUUCCAAAUCCAAGAAAUGUGACCCACGAAACCAUAAACCUGCUACUCCCAAACCCCCUACAAAUACUCCCAAACCCCCUACAAAUACCCCCAAACCCCCUACAAAUACCCCCAAACCCCCUACAAAUACCCCCAAAACCCCCAUCAAGGAGGAAGCGAAAAACUCAACUUUCUUUGGGAAGAUUAACAACAGGCCAUACAUCCGACCUCCACCCACGGCCUACCUAGACGAGAGGUACACCACCAUGCCAAAACGCAGGAAAGAGAUGUCCUGGACCCCUCGCUUCUCUCCGACGCGCCCGGACCUCGUGGUGGAGGCGUCGGGGACCACGGCGACACCGUCCGUCCGUAGGCAGCGCUGUGCCAAGUGUUUCUUGUCCUUCGACAGUGGAGAAGAGUUGCAGACGCACGUCUCGCUGAAGAAGUGCGCAACCCUUUUCGGCUUCGACUCAGACGAGGACAAUAGCUCGUGAAAGCCGAUCGACAAGAGGACAUGUUUGGAUGUGCUGCUAGGGAAGGGGGGGGGGGGGGGCUGUUGAACCCCCCUCCGAAACCUGCUAGGAGUGUUGAACCCCUUUCGACCCUGCUACCUUACUGAGGGACGACCAAGGUUUUACAUGACUCUAUAACAUGACUUGCUGGCUAGUCUGGGACAGCCAUGCCAGGCCUCCCCUUGUGACUGAGGCUGGCAAUCAGAGGCGGCUACAACAGGAGACACCUCUCCACCCUGCUACCCGUUUUAUUGAAGAGGAUUCUGGGAUGUGACUGAGGCUGGCAAUCUGAGGCGGCUACAACAGGAGACACCUCUCCACCCUGCUACCCGUUUUAUUGAAGAGGAUUCUGGGAUGUGGCUGAAGUUGGCAAUCUGAGGCGGCUCCAACAGGAGACACCUCUCCACCCUGCUACCCGUUUUAUUGAAGAGGAUUCUGGGAUGUGACUGAGGCUGGCAAUCAGAGGCGGCUACAACAGGAGACACCUCUCCAUCCUGCUACCCGUUUUAUUGAAGAGGAUUCUGGGAUGUGGCUGGCCCGGUUGGCUUACAGCAGAAGACUGAGAACAGUGAAAGGGUUGUGACCAUUCUUCCAUGUUCUGUCUCCCAUGGUCAUAGGAGUGACCUACGACCUUUGAACCCUGACCUCAAAUCCAAAGUUCAAGGGGUCUUUUGGGCUGACCGAUUUUUUUUCUCGAUUUGUCGACCAGGAAGCGUCUCUAAACUAGAGCCUGAAGGACUUAUGAGGCGGACACUAUGAGACCUGGCCGGAUAGUUAAUAUAUUCUUUGUUUUUAAUUUGUUUUUGACCUUAUUUACUUUGGACUGAAGAAGUGCCUGGAAUCCAACCUGCUACUUCCUGCUUCUCUUCUAUUGGUCAAUGGUCCAGGGGGUUUUUCCUCCCAAUUGGCAUCUUAUUCCCUCUAUAGUGCACUACCCUAUAUGAGCCCUGGUCAAAAGCAGUGUACUAUUAAAAGGGAAUAAUUUGGGCCACGGAGACUUAUUGCCGGGGGCCAAGGAAUGACUCUUGAAGAUGUGAGAACUGAUGUUAUGCAGGGAUGUUAACUAUACAAAAUGUUCAAAUAUUUAACACACACUAACAAAUUUUAUUUUAUAUCGCUCAUCUUUUUGCUAUUGCACUUGUCACUUAAACCCAAAACCCUCCCUAGUGAGUUUAACCAGUCAAACUGCCAAGAGGAAAGGGGCUCCAAAACCUCUUCUUUGGAUUAUAUAUCUACGACCCACAAUGCAACAACGUGUAUAUUUAGAUAUCGUGUUGUUAGACAACCGGUAACUGUCCAAAUAAAGGAAACCCUUGAGUAAAAUGAGGGGAUACAGAAGUUAGUAUAUAUGUGUGGGGUGCCAUUUUCUUGGUAUGGUCCAGGUCUACUUGUAGAAUCUAUGUCAAGGUGCAUUGAAGCUGUUCUGGCAGCUCGUGGUGACACCUAUUUAAGAAAUUGAUGUAGGUGUUUCCUUUAUUUUGGCAAUUACAUGUAUUUGAUCAAAUUUUAACCAGUUAUUAUGAUUUAUUUUUUUAUUUUUUUUACUAUGGAUCCUCUGUGACUAAAUUCUGUUCAUUGAGAGCAUGUUCCUGUGAUUGGAUACUUUUUUUUAUAACUCAAUAGUACUUUAUAUAUUUUUUGCGCCCAGUUACCCAAUCAAGGCAGGGCCCCGCCCAGUUACCCAAUCAAGGCAGGGCCCCGCCCAGUUACCCAAUCAAGGCAGGGCCCCGCCCAGUUACCCAUGUGGGAUGCCCCUGCCGCCUCCUUCUGUCCCCUGUCCGAUAAUUUGCAGAACGGCAGCAGGCUGUCUAAAACUCAUUGACAGCGGGCUCCUGAAUCCUCCUGUGGUUGGCGGUUGCAGUAAAUAAAUAUCUCUAUCUAAUAUAUAUUGUAUAUAAGUGUAUUGCCCCCCCCCCCCCCCCACAGGCCUGGGCCCAGGGGCUUCAGCCCCGGUAAGCCCCUGCAUUAAUCCGGCCCUGUAUGUGUAGGGAACAGGUUGCCAUUUGAGGACUAAACAACAACCUGUUUGAACAUAUUAGCCAUCAGGACUAAACAACAACAACCUGUUUGAACAUAUUAGCCAUCAGGACUAAACAACAACAACCUGUUUGACCAUAUUAGCCAUCAGGACUAAACAACAACAACAAUAACCUGUUUGACCAUAUUAGCCAUCAGGACUAAACAACAACAUCAACAACCUGUUUGACCAUAUUAGCCAUCAGGACUAAACAACAACAUCAACAACCUGUUUGACCAUAUUAGCCAUCAGGACUAAACAACAACAUCAACAACCUGUUUGACCAUAUUAGCCAUCAGGACUAAACAACAACAUCAACAACCUGUUUGACCAUAUUAGCCAUCAGGACUAAACAACAACAUCAACAACCUGUUUGACCAUAUUAGCCAUCAGGACUAAACAACAACAUCAACAACCUGUUUGACCAUAUUAGCCAUUAGGACUAAACAACAACAUCAACAACCUGUUUGACCAUAUUAGCCAUCAGGACUAAACAACAACAUCAACAACCUGUUUGACCAUAUUAGCCAUCAGGACUAAACAACAACAUCAAUAACCUGUUUGACCAUAUUAGCCAUCAGGACUAAACAACAACAUCAACAACCUGUUUGACCAUAUUAGCCAUCAGGACUAAACAACAACAUCAAUAACCUGUUUGACCAUAUUAGCCAUCAGGACUAAACAACAACAUCAACAACCUGUUUGACCAUAUUAGCCAUCAGGACUAAACAACAACAUCAAUAACCUGUUUGACCAUAUUAGCCAUCAGGACUAAACAACAACAAUGUAUGUGACUUUAAUCCAUAUUAUAGUUUAAUGCACAUUUUAAGUUUCAUUCUUUGUAUAUCUGUCUGGGAUGAGUUGACGCGAUGUCAGUCGGUCUCAACACAACCAGAACUACGCUGUCAGCUGUUGUUCAAUGUACGUCCCUGUCCCAAACGGUUCCUUGUGUACUACUUGGGACCAGGGGCCCCAUUUGGGUUAACUAUAAGGAAUAGACCAGGGGCCCCAUUUGGGUUAACUAUAAGGAAUAGGCCAUGGGCCCCAUUUGGGUUAACUAUAGGGAAUAGGCCAGGGGCCCCAUUUGGGUUAACUAUAAGGAAUAGGCCAGGGGCCCCAUUUGGGUUAACUAUAAGGAAUAGGCCAGGGGCCCCAUUUGGGUUAACUAUAAGGAAUAGACCAGGGGCCCCAUUUGGCUUAACUAUAAGGAAUAGACCAGGGGCCCAUUUGGGUUAACUAUAAGGAAUAGACCAGGGGCCCAUUUGGGUUAACUAUAAGGAAUAGGCCAGGGGCCCCAUUUGGGUUAACUAUAAGGAAUAGGCCAGGGGCCCCAUUUGGGUUAACUAUAAGGAAUAGGCCAGGGGCCCCAUUUGGGUUAACUAUAAGGAAUAGGCCAGGGUGCUACUUGGGACUCAUAUUUUAUAAAAAGAGGUUAGGAAUUUGUUACGUGUAUUAAUCUGACCCAUCUGUCCCCAACCAACAACGCUGCAUUCAGAAACCAGUGUAUUGAUAUUGUCUAUUGCUCAACACAUGGACGAGACUAAACGCUUCUAUGAGCUUCUGACAUCACUUCCUUUUUUUUUCUUCUUUUAAAAAAAAAGAGAAAUAACUAUUGUGAUGUCAGAAGCUCAUAGAAGCGUUUACAUUUUUUUUAUUUUUUUAUCUAUUGUGAUGUCAUUGAGGCGGCAGCCCACCGGGCGGUGACUGACUGUUCUACUGAACCCAACAGAACAGUGGCAGCAGGUGUAAUGUAUUAUUCACAUGGGGUUUUUCUAUUUGGCUCCUGUAAAUAUGUGACGAGUUCGAAUGGCUUAUUAUUUACUGGGUGUUUUGAAACGGGUUUAUAUAUCAUCAAGUUCUUGGUGUAAAAUAAUAAAAAAACACAUGUUAUUAAACUGGUA